AUGAAUUUGACCAUUGCUGUUGAGGAUACAGACCAAAUUAUCUCCGCAGAUCUGCCCGAAGAGCUUGAAUUUGUGGACUUCAAGGCUUACUUGAAAUCCGAGUCGAAUAUCGAUGAGAACCAGCAGGUGCUUGUCUUUGACGGCAAACAGUUAGAUCUCUCUAAAAACGGUACUCUCAAAGACCUUGGACUCAAGGAUGACGAUUUACUGAUCCUCAAAAAAUCAGGCCCACCGCAACAGCCUCAACUUGGCUUUAUGGAUGCACAACUUGAAACCAUUCGCCAACAGUACCUCUCCAGCCCGCAGAUCCAAAGUCAAUUAGAUCCAGAGACCAGGGCCGCUCUGCACAACCCUGCAAGGUUUAGAGAGCUUGCAUUGAAGAUGGUGGAAAACCAGCGACAGUUGCAAGCAGAUCACCAAAAAGAGCUGGCUCAGUUGUACAGCAAUCCAGAUGAUCCUGAAAAUCAGAAAAAAAUCAUGGAGCUGAUCAACCAGGAAGCCAUCGAGGAGAAUCUGCGGACAGCCAUGGAGAUCUCUCCAGAGUCGUUUACCAGCGUUCAUAUGCUGUAUAUCAAUUGCGAGGUGAACGGGACCCCUGUCAAAGCGUUUGUUGACUCCGGUGCACAAACGACGAUCAUCUCUCCUUCACUGGCGGAAAAGACCGGACUGACGAGACUGAUCGACAAGCGUUUUAUUGGUGAGGCCCGGGGAGUCGGAUCCACGAAGAUUUUGGGAAGAGUCCAUUCUGCUCCAUUGAAAAUCGAAAACGGAUAUUUCCCGUGCACAUUCACAGUCAUUGACACACAUGUGGAAAUGCUUUUGGGAUUGGACAUGCUAAGAAGAUACCAAGCCAUCAUCGACCUAAAACGCAACCAGCUGGUGAUCGACGAUGUGUCCACCUCAUUUUUGCCCGAACACGAGUGUCCAAGCAUGGUCGAGCAAAGUGCUCCCUCGUCACAGCUAGGAGGUAACAUCUUCAACCUGUCAGAUGCCCAAAAAGCUACCAAGAGACCAAAAGUAGCUGCUCCCAAGUCAACUGCUGACCCGGCUAAAGUAGACCAGCUUGUGGCGAUGGGAUUCGACCGGAAGCAAGCGGAGCUCGCUUUACAACAGACUAACAACAAUGUUGAGAUGGCGGCAGGAAUGCUAUUUGAUUAG